AUGGAAAACGUGGUGCGCGAGCUGGAGCUAUGUGGGAAGCGGCCGACACCGCUGGCGGAUCAAGUAAAGACGCAGCCAUCGUCGAUACUGGAGAAUGUGACAUUGCAUGAUUACCAAUUGAAAGGGAUGCAUUGGUUGUUGCGCAAAUAUGAGCAAGGAGUGAACCCUAUUCUGGGUGAUGAGAUGGGACUGGGAAAGACGUUGCAAGUCAUUGCAUUUUUUGCAGCGCUCGUAGCUCCUGCUCAAGACUUGAAAGAAUCUAAAGCUGGACGAAAAUAUUUAAUCAUUGCACCGUUAAGUGUGUUACCUAAUUGGACGGAACAAUUUGAGCAGUUUGCGCCCAGUAUUUCUACCGUCGUGUACAUUGGGCCUUUGAAAGAUCGAGAGGUUACGCAGAAGGUCAUUAAAGCCAGUUCGAUGGACCAAGCGUUGGUCGUAGUGACGUCAUAUGAGAUGUUAUUGUAUGACCACGGGUACUUUCACAAAAUUGUGUGGGAAGUAAUGAUAAUGGAUGAAGGACAUCGACUUAAGAACCCAAAGGGACAACUCUAUGGAAUUGUUUCGACUAGACUGCGGUCUACUUUUGCAGUGAUAUUGUCGGGAACACCAAUUCAGAAUGACCUUGAAGAGCUCUUUGCAUUGCUUUCAAUUCUCAACCCGAACGUUUUUAAGGACCAAAAGUUGUUUGAACUUACCUUUAGAGAUUGUUUCUCAGCAAACGCACAACGAUUAGAUGUGCAUCAAGAUGCUAAAUUGAAACGGUUGAACAAAGUAGAUGCGUUGAUGCAGAGACUAUUGGCUCCUCUGCUUCUUGUGCGCACACUUCAGGAUAUACAGGGUGCGUUUACAUUACCAAUACUUUCUGAAACAGUUGUUCAUACGCCGAUGUCAGCAAUGCAGCGCGCGUACUACAAGGAAGUGAUCACCAGGAAUGCUGAGGUUUUAAAUGGCGUGGCAAAAGCUCAAGGGAACAGGGUCCCUUUACUGAAUAUCUUACCUCAAUUGAGAAAAGUAUGCAACCAUCCAUACUUGUUCCCUGGAGCAGAACCUGAACCAUUUAUAGAAGGAAGCCAUUUGUAUGAAAACAGUGGCAAGCUCUUCGUACUUCACCAGAUUUUGCCGCGACUGAAACAAGAGGGUCAUCGAGUACUUCUUUUCAGCCAGUCGCCGCCUUUUUUAGACAUCAUUCAAGAUUUUCUCACGCUUGAAAGAUUUGCGUACGAACGAAUUGAUGGGUCUAGCGCCGAUACGAUCAUUUUUGCGGACUCGGACUACAAUCCGCAAAUGGACCUUCAGGCAGUAGCGCGCGCUUAUCGACUGGGUCAAACCAAACCUAUUCACGUGAUAAAAUUCGUCUGUGCGAACACAGUCGAAGAAAGCAUAUAUCGUCGCGCUCUAAAAAAGAUGCGCAUGGCCGAUCGCAUCCGUAACCUUGCACGCCGAGUUGAUGGUGGCGACGACGAAAGCGACGAUGAUUGUGACACUGGCUUGUCGGACAUAAUUCAGUUUGGACUACAUCGACUUAUGGAAACGUCUGCCAGUGAGGGUGAAGAUGCACUCAUAAAAGCUCUAGAUGAAGAACUCAUUCAGCAUAUUUUGUUCCGGAGAAUAGCCCGACCAGUUGAAGGAAUUGCAGCUCCCGGUCUGAACGGCGACAAGUUGCUCGAAUCAGGCGGAGAUUUUCGUGAGGCAAACAUGUACUAUUUUGAGGGAGAAGACUACUCAAAAGCUAGGAGUACGAAGACGCAAGAUGCAGAGUUGCUCCAAAAGUUGUGCACUGAAGCAGCAAGUUGCACAAAGCGACAAACAAUAACGGCUCGGAAGGUGUAUGAGCACAACGAAGUGAAUGAAGAUGAAGAAGAUGAGGAACAAGCUAAUGAGAACGAAGCAGAACGAAAUCGGAAACGAGAAAAACGGCGCCAAAAAGCGCUGGAAAGGAAACUUGCCCAGUGGAAAGCCAACGAAUGCACGUCAGCCGCAAUCGAUAGUAGCAAGCCGGAAGAUGGCUCACGACACUCACUACUGCGCAUCUCUGAUGGAUGUGGUCGACUGCACUACAAGUCCGGUGACGCCAGCCAACCGUCUCGGAGCUCCCUUCGCGACCGGCCAUAUAUUAUUGUUCAUUGCGUCGACAAUAGCGGCGUAUGGUGUUCGCGAGGUUUCUUCCGCUCUCUGUCAAUGCUUUCGCCCAUCAUUCAGAAGAAAUAUGAAGCGGCUGGGCGCUAUGGUGACCUUAUGCUUGGUAGUGCACACUUGAUUCCUCUACCGCCGCAAGCUGCUACAGACGACGGAGCAGCAACCGAUAGGUUUGUGUGCUUACUAGUCGUGCAGGGGUCUCUUGGAAAGAAAAAGCAACGAGUGGGAAACGGGCCUGGCACGAUGCAGCGCUUUCGUCAUGGUAAAUCGUCGACUUUUCACCUCAAUGCACUGGAGACUGCAUUGCAAGCGUUGGCGCAUCGUGCGCUCGAGUUGAGCGCAACCGUUCAUUUACCCCGAAUCGGCUACGGCACCCCCAAUUUCAAUUGGUAUGCUGUCGAGCGUUUACUAGCACACAAUCUUCGAGACGCGGGCGUUGACGCUACGAUUUACUAUUAUUCUGUAAAGCAGAGAUUUUCUUAG